CUUUCAUUUAUUUAUGAAAACAGAGAUUCUUGUGUUGUGUGUAGAGCUGAAAUUCUAGGAUUCAAGUUUUGAUAUCUAAAUAAUGAGUUUUUCUGAUCAAGACAUACUGGGUCAGGCUUUUGAAGAUGCACUAGAAGUACUGCAGCAGCACUCCGACAGAGAAAUGCAGUACUCACAAGGUUACAAAAAUUGCCUGACUGUGAUCAACCAUCAUCCCCACCUCCGAGCAAGUCCCAGCUAUUCUGCAGUACCCUCUACAGAGGACCCAGGAUAUAGCUGGAGAACUGUGAUAAACAGUGCAGCAGAUUUUUAUGCAGAUGAUUCUGUCUACCAUACACUGCAGAAUACUCCAGAAAGCCAAGUGAUGCAUGCUGCUGCUGUCCAGCCUAAAGCAGGGAAAGGUAGAAAAAAACUUCGUCUGUUUGAGUACCUUCACGAGUCUCUGUAUGAUCCAGCCAUGGCAAACUGCAUCCAAUGGGUGGAUAAGCCCAAUGGUGUCUUCCAGUUUGUCUCCAAAAACAAGGAGAAACUUGCAGAGCUGUGGGGAGAAAGAAAGGGAAACCGCAAGAUCAUGACAUAUCAGAAAAUGGCCAGAGCACUGAGGAAUUAUGGAAGAACAGGUGAAAUUAUUAAAAUUCGAAGGAAGCUGACAUACCAGUUCAGUGCUGUUGUUUUACAAAGACUUGCUCCGUCCUACUUCUUGGGAAAAGAAACUGUUUAUCAUCCAUACAUUCAGCCUAAUCAAGAAUAUCAAUGUGCAGAUGACUGGACCAAUUACAACAAUUACAUGUAUAACAAUGGUUAUGCAUUACAGCAUGCUAACAGCUAGACAUCACAUAAACAGCUCAUAAUAUUUUCCAGCACAGGAACUCUUCUCUAUACAUAGCUUUUCCUAUAUUAUAUCAUGCAAAUACAUGAAGAGGGCUUAAAAAAUGAUCUUAACCUACUUUGUUCCUUUUGAAGUUACCAACAAAUAGUUACUGAAUAUCGAAGGAAAACAGCAGCUGUAGGGCAGGUUCUGUUCUCUGUGGCAUUAAUCAAAGGAAGUACAUCAAAUUAAAGCUGGUAUAUCCAAGAUAGGGAUCAAACUUGUCUGCAGUCUGGAUCAAAGAUCCUAUCCUGAUAAUGUUCAUUCAUUUCAUCGGAAGUUCUGUGCAUAUCCCCAACUUUCCAAUCAGAAUGCAGAUACUGUUGUACCAUAGCUCACAAUUGGGUGCAUGUGAAUUAGAAAGGGAAGAGGUUUGGCAGCUGUGCUAAGCUACUGUCUGCUUUUUCAUCAAUGCUUUUUAUUAAGAGAUGAUUUCUGAGUGAAUCCCUGGCUGAACUACAGAGUCCACAUGAAGGUGCACCUGUUGGCCAAGUUAUUAAUCCUUAAUCACUUAUAUUAACAUAUUUUAGCACAGAUCUUGACACAUGGUAUUAGGAUCACCAGGUGUGCAUUUCACUGUUGGCAGGGGAUUAUUUGAGAAAGAGACCAUACCACGACGGAGUUAGCAAAGGAUUAUGCUUUUUAUGAAGAUAUUUACAGUUCUCCCCCACUAAUAUGAGAAGUCAUACUUUUAUCCACCAUACUUUUGCUCUAUACUCAGCUGAUGAACCCAGCUUCGUUAUUUAC